AUGGUUCGGAAGGCAAAAGACGGAUGGAAAAUGUGCCAAGACUAUACCAAUUUCAACAAAGCGUGCCCAAAGGACAGUUUCCAGUUAUCACGAAUCGAUCAGCUUGUUGACGCCACUGCUAGUCACGAGCUACUCAACUUCAUGGAUGCUUAUGCAUGCUACAACCAGAUUUUCAUAAUAGACAAAGGCUUGAAGAAUGCAGGGGCAACGUACUAG